AUGGCAGAGCCUCUACAAAGCCCCUAUUUCAAAGGAAAUACCCUAACCCUAAGUGUUAGGCGCGUUGGCAAAAAAUCUCCCCUACAGCUCCACGAUGGCGAUGAGGUACAGGCGAGAAUCGUCGAUGUGAUAGAGCCAGCUACUCUAUCCGUUGUCGUCAUCGUUGAGGUUGAUCCAGACCCUAAACAGGGAGACCAAAUGAGCCGCCCAACUUCUCCUCUCAAAAUGGUACUUAAGGUGUUUGAUCGUCGAUUUUCUGUACAAUUGAGAGAGGAGCUGAAGCCCACUGGCCCGUCAACCCUUGUGACUGAGGAGGAGUAUCUUGGAUUCUUGCAACAAGGAUCGAUGGCAGAUUUCGUUGCCAGCUACAACAGAGAGUAUAAGGUCACAUCAAAUGACUGGGAUUCGCCGAUGCAGGAGGCAUAUUUCAGUCUUACUUGUGCCAGAAUGAAAGAAACCGAGGCUAGAAUCUAUGAUUACCUUAUUGACCUGCAAGGUGUUCACAUUCCAACAUUCUAUGCUGACGUCCAAAUCGCUUCACAACCGGUAGCCGGAGAGCAGGUCCAUGAAAACUUCGCCAAAUACAUUGACGUUGGGGCUAUCUUGAUCGAAUACAUUCCUGGAUUUCUCCUCUCCACCAUGGUAACAGAGACACCGGAAUCAGCAUGGCCUGGUAUCUGUGACCGGGCUAUUAAAGUUGUGCAUAAGAUUAUUGGGCAUCAUUUUGUCAAUACCGACAUGCAAACGAGGAACGUUAUUGUCCGCCCUGACGGGGAAGGGGACUACCGAGUGUUUUACAUAGACUUUGGGCUAUGUGACUUCCGCGAUCCGUUAGAUAGCGAUGAAGUCUGGAUGGAAUAUUCGUAUCAAAAUGCUGAAGAAAAUAGAAUCGGGUGGUCUCUUGCAAAUGCAAUCUCGAGGGCCAAGGGGAAGAAGGGAAAGAGAUAUAAAGGCAAGCUUCCGCUUCCGUGGGAGUUUACCCCUUCGAACCGGUUUCGUGGUCAGGACAUCGAAGGUUAUCCAAAGCAUAUUUGGUAUCCAUAG